ACAUCCGUGACUGCACGACGGCUGCCAUUUUCAUAGAAUAAGAACCUCUUUUUGUUUUUAUAUACAUUAUUAAUUAUUUGAAUGUAAGAAUACAUCUUUCUACGGUGUAUCUGAAGUUACUGAUGGAUUACACUUGAGCUGUUUACUUUAAUGGGUCGAAACCAACAGAACCGAAGUUUGGGGGAAAGAUACAACCUGUCCAAGUCGUUCACACAGUCCUUUACGGUAGAGGGUUUGACAUAACUGGCACUAAUCUGGAAAAUCUGGAGCUGAUCCAAUGGAUGUUCUUGGAGAAAAUGAGGCACUGCAACAGUUUUUUAAUGGACAGGAUGUGAGUGGUGUGUUAGAGAGUGCUGUGGUAGACACCAGUAUUCUGGAGCAGUAUUUGAGCAAUGAGACAGAUCCCACUUUCAUGUUACCUGAGUCACCACCAGAUUCAGGAUCAGAGCGUAGUUCUCCACCACAAAUACCAGAUUCAAGAUGGUCUCAUGAACAAAGCAGCCAGGGCAUGCAUAGCCUAUCAGAAAACUCCUUCCCUCUAUCUUGUCCCAUCAAAGACAGGAAACAAGAGCACUGUGGUGGUACAGGACUUAUGCAUGAUGUUGGCAGACCCCUUGGGAACCACAUCAAAGCCAUUUCAACUGCUUCGCUUCCUCAGUGCAGUCUCAACACAGCUGAGAGUUAUAUGCAGGCAACCACGUCCCAUAAUGCACCCAUCCAUGGUGUCUCGCAGUAUACUCAGUGCCCGCCGAUGGGUCUUCCAGUGGGACAUAUGCCAGCUAAUGCUGCUGUGGCCUCCUCAUGUCUGUCCCAUGCUAUGUGCCCAAUGACAAUGUACCCUAAUAUGCCCCCAAAGCAUGACCAACAUGUAGGAAAUAUCUUACACGAAAAUAAGAAAAGAAGAAGGUCAAACUCUUUUGAGGAGCACACAGAGCAGCACAGGUGUGCCAACCCAGUUUGGACCAAAACAUCAUUCUGUCCAGAAAGUGGAUCAUAUGAAGCACAGUGUUAUGACAGUGACACCACUGGAGGAAGUCCAGGGGGCAGUGUGCACCAGCUGCUCACAUGGGACAGGUAUCAACCCAGUCAGUGGUGUUCACUCCACAACAGCAGAUCUGAAAUUCUACCACCUCCAGGUUAUCAUGUGGACACUGAUAAGGGUUUCAGCUACUCCACAGCUGAUGAAGCCUUUGUGUGUCAGAAGAAGAAUCACUUCCAGGUGACAGUUCACAUAGGAAUGGUUGGAGAUCCUAGAUUUGUCAGAACGUCAGCAGGUCUCAUGCCCAUAGAGAGCUUCCACGUGAAUGUGUUUGGGCUGAAGCUUGAGGCACAGAGCCAUUUAGUCACCAUAGAGCAGUCUCAGUCAGACCGCAGCAAGAAGCCUUUCCUACCAGUCAGAGUAAAUCUGCCAGGAAACAAAAUCACAAAGGUGACAUUAGGACGCUUACACUUCAGUGAAACCACUGCGAAUAACAUGAGAAAAAAAGGCAAACCCAAUCCUGAUCAGAGAUACUUUAAGAUGGUGGUUGGUCUGUAUGCUACUGUGAAAGAGAAAAGUUUUCUGCUGGUUGCUAAUGUUUCUGAAAGAAUCAUCGUCAGGGCCUCCAAUCCUGGUCAGUUUGAGAAUGAUAGUGACAUGCUCUGGCAAAGAGGACAGAUCCCUGAUUCCGUGGUGUGUCACGGGAGGAUCGGCAUUAACACAGACAGCCCUGACGAGGCUUUGGUGGUUUGUGGGAAUGCCAAGAUAAUGGGCAACGUCAUGCAUCCUUCAGACAAAAGGGCCAAACAAAACAUUCAGGAAGUGGACUCAACGGAGCAGCUCAAGAGGAUCGCUCAAAUGAGAAUUGUGGAAUAUGAUUACAAACCAGAGUUUGCCUCAAGGAUGGGAAUUGAUCAACGUCAUGAAACAGGAAUCAUAGCACAGGAAGUCAAAGAACUCUUGCCUUCGGCUGUAAGGGAAAUGGGCGAUAUUACUUGUGUAAACGGGGAGAAGAUUGAUAAUUUUCUCAUGGUGGACAAAGAGCAGAUUUUUAUGGAGAAUGUGGGUGCUGUGAAGCAGCUGUGUAAACUUACAGAUAACCUUGAGAAUCGUAUUCAGGAGCUUGAGGUCUGGAACACUCGCUUGGCCAAACUGAAGAGGCUGGGUAGCAUGCGCUCCAACAGCGGCCAUUCUGCUAAAGGGAAAAUCAACAAAAACAGCACACUCCAUUCAAAGCUUCCACCACCAACGCCACCACAGUCAAGCACAAGCUACUUCUGUGGGAGAUAUCACAACUGUCUUCAACACAGAGUAUUCCAAGCUAGCAUCAUCAUGCUGGUAACAACCAUGGCUCUUUGUGUCAUUUCUAUUACUGCACUUUAUAUGUUGACAUUACGAGAGGACAGGGACUUCAAUAGCAGUCUCAACAACACCAAUGUUAUACCACCUUACACCACAACAGCAGCACUGACUACAGGUACUGUAUUGUUCUCCACCAGCUCUCCUGGUCCCUGGCCUCCAGACAUUGAUGUCUCCAAUGUGUUUUAUUCAGAUGAGAUCUACUGCUGUCCUUCAACUUUAAUUUAUAAUCAUAACACCCAACUGACAGACACAACUGUCCCCUUUGACGCUCUGUCACAUGGAAUCACCAAUCUGAGAAAAACACAGAGAGAGAAGUGGUUAGAAAAACUACCGGAGAAAUUUAAAAAUUCUACUGACUGGACAAACACAACUAUACAGUCCAUCCUUGUAACGCAGAAUCAACAAGUUAUAGAUCAACAGUACUGUCAGCAGGAGAACUGUGGAAAAGGAAACUACACCUACCUCAUUCCCCUCAGUAAACACAUCCCACCCAACAUGCCUAUAACCAUCCAAAUGAACACAGCUGAGUUGUUGGUGAUCCACUUGUGUUCUUAUGACGAGAGUGAGCAGUGCUCUUCAGUACUCGACUAUGAUGGCCCAGAGUCAAAUGCUGCUUUCAACACACAGGGCUAUAUACACAAAUGGACACUGGCAGUGGCAAAUCACUAUCGUGCCUCUUACCAUUUCCGGUCUUCUGUUGCUGGUUUGGCUGAUUGUAGCACUGAUCUGAACUAUGCAGAAGUUUUAUUUACUGACUACCACUUCCAGUUCUUCCGUCGCUGUGACUGAUCGACACCCUUCAAAAGCAACAUCCAGGGAUGUGACCGCAUUAGUAUAUGGUAGAACUGCAGGCUGUAAAUUAUAUGUAAAGUGUCUUUUCAAGCCUUUAAUGGGCAGAACUUGUGUUGUUGCUGAAAAAGCAUUUGAAAAAUGCUUGAUAUUAGUUUAUUCUUUAAAAUCAAAAGGAAACAUCUGAACUCCAAAGAAAAGAGUAAAGUAGGUCUUCAAAGAUGAUUUGACAUGUAUAGCUUUCAACAAUAAAGUGGUGAUUGUUGUUUUGUACUGAACUACACAAUCAGGAAAUCUUUUACUCUCAUACUCAUACACACUACUGAGCACAUUAUGUAAACCUGUGUGCAGUGAUGUUGACCAAAUGAUUUUAGACCAAACAUUUGAUUGUUGCAGAAGUGAAAUUGUUUUUAUAGCUAAAGACUUUUAUGAAUUUAAGGUUUUCUUUGAAUAUCAAGCACUACAGUAAAGGAAGAUUUUGUCAGCCCACCAUCACUCUGUAUACUUAUUAUUAUGAAAGGGAUGCAUUUAACAGUGGGCUACUAUAUAAAGUCUCUGAAAAUUAUGUUACAGUAAUUCAUUGUGUGGUGUAGAAUUUGUAAAGGAAUUGUGAGACUUACAGUAAAAAGUAUCUUGGUACAACCAGUUUUGUGUAAUACUACUAGCCACGUUUACAUGUACACUUUUUUUGUCAUUCAGAUUAAAAUCAUUCCGAUUGAAAUAUUCGGUGGAUUGUUUACAUUUACACAGUUAUCUAAUCCGAUAUGGUGUUUAUAUAUGCCGGCGCAUUCAAUUUUGGGACACGCUAAUAGCAUACAAUGACAACAAAUACAAAUCAUCAGAGGAAAAAAUGCCAGUAUUUGUGUUAAUAUUUUUUAAUAGCUGCUUGCACUUGCUUAGAAUAAACGGACUAAUAUUUGAAUCCCUUGCACUCAUUUGAGCGCUCAGUCAUAUGGCCAAAACAUGACACAUACUUACUUAUAGAAAUCAUACGGCCGUCUUCUGUCGUAAUACACACAGAACCAAACUGAUUUCUUGUUUGCCCGCGAAUGCCCCCCACCUUGGCGCAACACCAGUCCUGUUUGACCUAGAUGCAAAGUAAUCAGUUUAACACGUUUACAGUUUUAAUUUUGUUCAGUUUAAAGAAAGGUUUAUCCCACCCCUCUCAAACCGAUUACAGUUACAUUCGGUUUGAGCUUUUUUAUUCCGAUUGAGGUGUUUCAUACAGAUUGGACUUUUAAACCAAUUACAAUGCUCCAUGUAAACGCACCUACUGAUUCCAGGUCAAUUACAAGCAAGAAUGUGGUUGGAUACUAAAAAAUGAUCUGUUUGUGUUAAAAAUAGCAUGCACAACAGGACCUGUCUGAUGUGCAGGCGAAUGUGCCACCACAAGGUAUUCUUAUGUUCUAAAUUAGUGUGUUAAUAAACUGUGAUUAAUCUCUGAAAGUGAUACCUCGUUAAUUCUUUAAAAUAAUGCUUUUCUGGUUUCAGAGACACUUGAGGGCCUCAGGCCUGUCACAGAUAUGAAUUC